AGGAGGAACAUUUUUGUCUUGUUUAUCUCAUAAUGUGGUAAAAUCUGUUAGCAAAUUUUUGGAACAGGAGUCAACAAACAAGACCAAAAUACUAGUUGUAGCACUUUGCUCCUCAACAAAAAUGACAAUUCACAACCUAUACAUGUUUGACCGGCAUGGUGUUUUGAUGUUCUAUGGUGAAUGGAAUCGAAAGCGCCAAUCCGGAAUGACUAUAGAAGAAGAAGCAAAGCUUAUGUAUGGCAUGCUUUAUUCCAUUAGAAACUUUGUUAAUAAAAUGUCACCAGUUGAUGUUCGAGAAGGAUUUCAAUGUUACAGAACAUCCAAAUAUGUACUCAAUUACUUUGAAACUCCAUCAGGUGUGAAGUUUGUCAUGAAUACUGACCUGCAUUCUCAAGGUGUAAGAGAACUAUUACAACAAAUCAACAGCCAAAUUUAUAUUGAAUACUGUGUAAAGAAUCCUGCCUAUCGUUCAGGUGAAACUAUUCAAUGUGAAUUAUUUAAAACAAAACUGGAUGAGCUUGUCAAGCAAUCUCCCAUUUUCAAAGGGUAAAUGUCAUUUGUUUUGUACAAAUUUUCGUGUUGAAAUAAACCAUAUCUGGUCA